AUGCAACCUAGGCUACAUAGCACUCGGUCAAGUCCUAGGAUUACGACUGGAAAUGUGAAGACACCUAAGUAUUUCGCGAACGUAAUUGCUACUGACCUAAAACAGGCAUCUCCAAGGCUUUCUUAUGACUUCCCAACUGAUUAUCCACAUACUUCUAUAACUGAUUCCUCUAAAGAUUCAUUGGUAAAAAAGCCAUUGUCUCGUACACCUAAAGCUUACUCGAACCCCUUUUCUUUGACUUCUCAGACGCCACGAACGUCAAAAUCAAUCAGAGACUCGAUCUCAAAUGGAGCAACCCCUAGAAAUGUGUCGACAAAAUCUUUAACACCUCGAGGGUCCUCAUUGAAUCCUAAGAGCUCUGAAGCUCAGCCUAAGCAAACAAUUUUCCACACCCCUUCCUCCAAAAGUUUGUUUCAAAAAUCUUCCAGAACUUUUAGCGCUACUAGCUCCAAGAAAAAAAUAUCCCAAUCAAUCUCCACCUCAAGUUUAUCACAAACAGGAUCAAAUGAUCCUUAUCGUGGAAGUCCAAAAACAGCUGAUAAUAAAAAUGUGUUGGCCCAAAUGAUAACACAAGUAAAAACCUCUGAAACCCCUAAAGGCAGUGCUGAAUUGUCACCUGAAGACCUCCAAAAAAGAGCAGACGCUAUAUAUAAAGAGCAUUUAUUCCAAACCUUUCAAGCCUUGAAGUUUGUCAGAACGAUGCCUCCUGUUGACCAAAAUCAACUGCAACAAAAACGAAUUAAUCUUCCAAAAAGAGGAGCAUAUUUGAAUAAGAAAACUUUAAUUUUUGAUUUAGAUGAAACUUUGGUCCAUUGCUGUGAAGAUUUGACGACUUCAAAUCCUGAUGUCAUUUUGCCGAUCACCUUUCCAAAUGGCGAAGUUAUCAAUGUAAUUUGUAUAUAGGCUGGAGUUAAUAUAAGACCAUUUGCAAGAGAGGUCUUGGUAGAAGCAAAUAAGGACUUUGAAGUUAUUGUGUUUACUGCAAGCCAUCAGUGCUAUGCAGAUGUGGUUUUGGAUUAUUUGGAUCCGACUCGUGAACUAAUUCAUCAUAGACUUUAUAGAGAUAACUGUAUUAUGUCUCAAGGAAUUUAUAUAAAAGAUUUGAGAGUACUGGCCAAUAGAAGAUUGCAGGAUAUUGUGAUUAUUGAUAAUGCUGCGUAUAGUUUUGGAUAUCAAAUAGAUAAUGGAAUCCCAAUAAUUUCCUGACAUGAUGAUCGCUAUGACAAAGAACUUUUUAAUCUUUCAGAUUAUAUAAAAGUUCUGGCAAAAGUGCCAGAUAUUCGUGAAGUUAAUAGAAAAACUUUCAGAUUAAGUUCAUUUUAUGAAGAUUAUAUUGAACAAUUUUUACAAGGAGAUGAAAACAAGCCUAAAACGGCAUCAAGAAAGAUUAAGAGAAAGCCAAAGUUGAACUAA